UCACAGCAACAUGAGCCGGCCUGACGAGAGUCCACUUGAUGCCAUGCUGGAUCCCCAAAAAAAUCCUGACGCUCCACUUCCACCUCUGGAUAUCGUCGCACCCGUUUUGGGCGUCCCAGCUCCUUCGAGGGACAGACCUCCGCCGCUAUCGGGCUCUCUCAUCUAUUUCGAGAUCCCAUGUCAACAUGUUUCUCGAGCCAAAGCUUUUUACAAGUUGCUCUUUGAUUGGUCGUACCAAAAGACGCCAGAGUAUUCUGAAUGGGACUACCUCUUGAUCAACCGAGACAAGAAACACCUCCAUCCUGUUUUUGGAGCAUUCAAGAAGGUGGAUGCACCCAUUGCAGGGGCCGAAGGCACUGGCAAAGACGUGGAAGGGCCAAUGCUUCACUUUUACGUGGAUAAUAUUGAAAAGGCAUGCGAGGAGGCGGUCAAGGUGGAUGGGAGCGUUGUGAGGCCAAAGUUCAAGUUUGGGUGGGAGCAGGAUAUCAUUGGAUAUUGUGCCUGGUUGAGGGAUACUGAAGGGAAUAAGUUUGCUAUAUAUGAGGUCGAGCCGCACGGCCCCGUCGAGGAGUAA